ACAACAACUCCAUCAUGGUCGUUUCGAUCAAACAAAGCCCCGAAAUUUCCCCCGAAAAAAGAAGGAAAAAAAAACAAAUAGAGAACAGCCUCCGCUUCACAAUCCCCAAACCCCAAGCUCCGGAGCCUGAAUCGACGCACCCCUCGCCGGCGAGCGCCGAGAUCCCCCGGCCAUGGAGGGGCUCCUGACCAAGCUCCGGAGCCUGGACGCCUACCCGAAGGUGAACGAGGACUUCUACAGCCGCACCCUCUCCGGCGGCAUCAUCACGCUCGCCUCCUCCGUCGUCAUGCUCCUCCUCUUCGUCUCCGAGCUCCGAUUAUAUCUUCAUGCAGUCACAGAAACAACACUCAGGGUUGAUACCUCAAGGGGAGAAAAACUUCGGAUAAAUUUUGACAUCACCUUUCCAGCCCUCCAAUGUUCUAUAAUCAGUCUUGAUGCAAUGGAUAUCAGUGGACAAGACCACCUUGAUGUGAAACAUGAUAUAUUCAAGCAGAGAAUUGAUGCCCAUGGCAAUGUUAUUGCAACUAAGCAAGAUGGAGUUGGUGGGAUGAAGGUGGAAAAGCCCCUACAACGGCAUGGCGGCAGGCUUGAACACAAUGAAACCUAUUGUGGCUCUUGUUACGGUGCAGAAGAAUCUGAUGAACAAUGUUGUAACUCGUGUGACGAUGUUCGUGAAGCAUACAGGAAAAAAGGUUGGGGUGUAUCAAAUCCAGAUUCUAUCGACCAGUGCAAAAGGGAGGGCUUCCUUCAGAAUAUAAAGGAUGAAGAAGGAGAGGGAUGCAAUAUUUAUGGCUUCCUCGAAGUUAAUAAGGUUGCUGGAAAUUUCCACUUCGCUCCAGGGAAAAGCUUCCAGAAGUCAAAUGUUCAUGUUCACGACUUGCUUCCAUUCCAAAAGGACAGCUUCAAUGUCAGCCAUAAAAUAAAUAAGUUAAGUUUUGGCCAACACUUUCCUGGUGUGGUUAAUCCUCUUGACAGGGCGCAGUGGGUGCAGCAUUCAUCGUAUGGAAUGUAUCAAUACUUCAUUAAGGUUGUUCCCACUGUCUACACUGACAUAAAUGAGCACAUUAUUCUUUCGAAUCAGUUUUCUGUGACAGAACAUUUUAGAAGUAGUGAGAGCGGUCGGAUACAGGCUGUUCCUGGAGUGUUUUUCUUUUAUGACCUGUCGCCAAUUAAGGUCACAUUCACAGAACAACAUGUGUCGUUUUUGCACUUCUUGACUAAUGUUUGCGCUAUCGUCGGAGGUGUCUUCACUGUUUCUGGAAUCAUAGAUUCAUUUGUAUACCAUGGCCAGAGAGCAAUCAAGAAGAAGAUGGAAAUUGGGAAAUUCAACUGAAUCAACCCAUUAUCUGCAAUUCCUUUUGAAGAACUGUGGUCACAGUAGGGGAUUAGGGGGCAUGUCCGCACCGAGUUAAAAGGACACCACUGAAUCAACCCACUAAUAUUUUUCUCAGGCUUUCUGCUCUGAAACUCUUAAUUUCCCUGCAUAGUUAUGGACAACUUUUCAAAUUACCAGUGACUUGGCCGCUUGUUUCCAGAAGCAACCGGUGAACAAAAUGGCUCAUCUGGUUUACUGUGAUGUUAUACUGCACUGUGGCAAACGGAGCAUUUCAGAUAUGCUCGAUUUUGUACACCAUACAGGAAACAUUUUGUGUAAGCUGCAAGUUUUUUUUUUUCAUCCGAUGUAAAUCCGUGUAAGUGAACUCUUGCUUGUUUGUAGAAUAGACAUUUUUCCAUGGUCUGCAAGCUUUUCUUUUACUUACAACCAGUAGCUUUCACAAGUCAGGAAAAAGAAGGGUAAAACUGUUUAAAGGAAAUUUCUUCUCAGAUGACACUGUUUUCUUCUGUAAUCUGUACAAGUCAAUGAACAUCGUUCAGAUAUUCAACAUAAUUUGGUGAUGAUAUGGAUGGUAUCCCAUAACGAAUAUGCAAAUUGACACUGUUC